AUGUCAUUAUGGGCUACCGUCGGAACAUGCACGGCCACUAGAACUUUCCGGCAAAUACUCGCCCCCACUCACGACGCAAAACCAGUGCCACCGAAGAUGCCUAAGGAGGCAGAAAUGAGGGACGAGUCCACCCAGGUAGGAUGGACGACCGACUUGCGCCCCAAGGUGUCGACCACUACAGGCACAAUAGUAAUUCAAGCCUUCGAGCCAGUUUAUCUUAAGCCAGAAAUGGGGAAUAGUUUCUGGAAGUUUGCCACCGCAGACGGCCAGACUAUUGCAGAGUCGACGAUCCAGUCAUGCAUCGCGUCAAGUCUAAUAUAUGCUUAUAAUCUGUUACGGAGACUUAAUGUCUAUCGCAAUACGCAAUAUCCCACUUCGAAACUAUUUCGAAUCAUGCCUCGUAAUAUGGAUACAGCAACCCUGCGUUAUAAAUGGUUCUCACAGGGUGAUAUUGGCCCAAGAUCAAUCAUAAAGCUCAACAAUGACUGGGUCGUCCAGCAGGCUAUAAGUGAGCACACAUUCCAGAAAGAUCACGAUGACCAUCUCGCUAGGAGAGGUCCUUCCUGGACGGCAAUUCGCCUCCUCGUCGAAGAUAGGAGCGCGCGUACCAAGGCCUAUAUGCGCACUUACAAGCAACUUAUGCACGGUGGCACGGAGGCCGAGCCAGCCAGGGUUCGAACCCGGCAGGCUAAUUCUUCGUGGUGUCCUGUUGAGCUGAAGGCUUACCGAUCACUUCCUAACAAGCGACCUCUCAUUGUACCGCGUCUUUUAGGAGAAAGGGUGACCAAGCAAGAUGCAAGCGGUUGGGUGCCAGACGGCUUCCUCAUAUAUAUUGUGUGGGAAAUAGUACCCGGGAUUCAGCUCGGAGAUCCUUGUGGUUCCAAGGUCUUUUGGACACUGGAGCGAGCAGAGAGAGAUCUCAUCCGGGAGAAAUUUAAGGAGGGCUAUAUGAAGCUGUACGAAUGGGGAUUCGACCCUCGUCCUGGGUGCGGCCAGAAUCUCGUUUGGAACGCGAAAACGUCGACACUGUACUUCGUUGGGUGGUUUUUGGCAUACGAGGACAUUGAGAAGAAAGAGUGGACUCCCAGAUUCUGGUAUUUCUGGGACCUAGUCCGUGCUCCUGAGAAGCGUCAACGUCAUGAAAAUCCGGAUGAUAGUUGGAUGUGGCCAUUGCAGGGUAUUGAAGAUAUCUUAUUCAUUUUACUACUAUCCUCUGACCACCUUUAUCAUAGUAUUUGGUCCGUCAAACAUCCCGUCGACUCCAAAGAGAAACGCUUUUUCAUGGGGAACAUCACUUUCUCAUUCUCAUGGACAACCUCUGUCGUCGAUGUUCAGGAGCCACUGCCGGCACAUUCCCAUGGACUGUCCUAUGUGUGGGUUUAUGUUGGUGAUGAGCACGGAGUCCAGGGUCAGUUCAACCUGCUCAUAGGACAGGCUGCUACAUGUACCAAAAAGAAAGCUAUGCGUCCCAACCAAACGUUAAGAAAUUUCUAUGGAAUACUGUGCAAGGUUGUGCACAAGAGACAAUGUAGUUUACGUGCCCGAAAUCCCAAGCCCAGUGGGACAGAGAUUACGGCCUACAAUAUUCUAGGCAAGAGCAUUCGCGCAUGGCCUGAUCUAGAGUGGGGAUACAACGUAUCUCGUGAGAUAUUUUUCUCGCGUAUUCUCUGCCCCGAUUGA